CUCUUUGUUCUCACCCAACCCACCUCACCCGAAAACAGCUUUUUCUCUCCUUCUUUCUUCUCCUUCGUCCUUCCAAUCCCAGAUGAACCAAUUACACCACUUGAAAUUCCCUUUCUACCCUUCCCUUCUCCACCACCUCUUCCCCCACGCGCCGUCGCUCCUGCCGUCGAAGAAUCUAUGUAUAGCAAGAUUCCGAUUAUAGGGUUUCUUUGCUCUGGAUUGAUCCUCGGAGCUGGAUAAAUGCUGCUGUUCCCGGGAAUUCUAGGGUUCCAUGCCCUCCUCUUCUUCUCUGUCUUGCUCGCCUUUUCUCUAAUUCGACGCAAGUGGAGAAAUGCCGCCGCUAAGGAGGAGGAGGUCUUGCGCCUUCUCGCUAUGGCGUCGGAGGAGUCCGCCAUGGCUGAGGUCGAAGCUAGAGCUUUAUGCGAUCCAGUUGUGGUUUCUAUGCCUCAUCAAUGCGUUGUCUGUUAUUGUCCCACCACCAUGCGAUGCUCGCAGUGCAAGUCUGUCAGAUACUGUUCUGGUAAGUGCCAAAUCAUCCAUUGGAGACAAGGUCACAAGGAUGAGUGUCGUCCCCCAAUAUCUAUAAUGCAGUUUGAAGAUAAGAGUGACCUUUGUGGGGAAGUGGACUCUUUUCAUGGAACUGAAACUGGUUAUGCUACUUGUGCUGAUGGUGAACCCUUGUUUAAUAUUCCUGAUUCUGAAACUUAUGACAGAAUAGAGAAACCUCUUUUUAAUAGUGUUGUCUCUGAUCUUCUUGGCACUGCCAAAAUUAAUGAUAUGGAAGUUACAAAUUCAUCCCCUUCAAGUUCUGUUAGCUCGGCAACUUCUGCUGAUUCUAUAUCAUGCACAAACACAGUAAGUAAGAUGGAUUCUAUACAUGGUGGUGGGAAGAUGAAGUCUACUUUGCAACUAAACAAAGAUAAGACCGCUAAACAUGAAAAUGUUCAGCCUGCAAUUAAUUUAAGCAGUAAGAAGCUGACAGAAGGAACCCCUUCGGGAGAAAAGUUAACUAAAGAUACUGCUAAUUCUAGGAGAUCAGUAUCCAACAAUAGGGAGGAUGAUUUAUGUCUGUUUAAACGUAAAGAAGACCGUUCUUUGUCAUCAGUUGCUUCUGCUGCUCAUCCAUCUUCAAGCACUGGUGAGCACUUUGUUUCCAAUUCCAAAUCUACAAAGGGUAAUGGUUAUCAUGCUUUGCCAGUUAAAAGUAGCAGCGUCCUUUUGUUACCACAAAAUGCUCGUACUGGUUUGAAAACCUCCAUGCUGAAAGUUGUACAGCAGUUUAGAGUAUCUAAACAGUCGAAAUGCAAUGCAUCUAGUACUGGGACUGAGAUUGCUGGAAAGCAUAAGCUAAUCUUUCCAUAUGAAUUGUUCGUGAAACUGUACACUAACGACAUGAUGGUUCUUCGCCCAUUUGGUCUUACAAAUUGUGGAAACAGCUGUUAUGCCAAUGCCGUCCUCCAGUGCUUGUCAUAUACUCGGCCAUUUACUUCAUAUCUUCUUCAAGGACUCCACUCCAAAACCUGUGGAAAGAAGGACUGGUGUUUUAUUUGUGAAUUUCAACAUCUUAUUUAUAAGGCAAGGGAAGGGAAUUCCCCGCUGUCUCCAAUCGGAAUAUUAUCCAAAAUAAAUAAAAUUGGAAGUCAUCUUGGUCAUGGUAGGGAAGAAGAUGCCCAUGAAUUUUUAAGGUAUGCUGUUGAUACAAUGCAAUCUGUUUUCCUCAACAAUGCUGAUGCCGCGGGUUCUUUGGCAGAAGAAACAACUCUAGUAGGAAUGACCUUUGGUGGCUAUCUUCGAUCUAAGAUUAAGUGUAUGAGGUGCCUAGGAAAAUCUGAGCUUUGUGAGCGGAUGAUGGACCUUACGGUAGAAAUAGAUGGGGAAAUUGGAACUCUUGAAGAGGCUCUUGCACAAUUUACAGCCACAGAAACAUUAGAUCGAGAUAAUAAGUAUUAUUGCAGCAGAUGUAAAUCUUAUGAGAAGGCCAAAAAGAAGUUGACAGUUCUGGAGGCACCAAAUAUUCUUACAAUUGUGCUGAAACGAUUUAAGUCUGGUAACUUUGAAAAAUUGAGUAAGUCGGUUCAGUUCCCUGAGGAACUCAACAUGACUCCAUAUAUGAGCAGAACAAGUGAUAGAUCUCCUUUGUACAGUCUUUAUGCUGUGGUCGUUCACUUGAAUAACACGAAUGCUGCUUUUUCGGGUCACUAUGUGUGUUAUGUAAAGAACAUUCGGGGGGAGUGGUUCAGGAUUGAUGACAGCACAGUAGUACCCGUGGAACUGGAGAGGGUCUUGUCAGAAGGGGCUUACAUGCUUCUUUAUGAAAGGCACACCCCGCGGCACCCAGCCCUACUGGGAAGCAAUAUGGUCAAUGGUGGUAAGUUUAAGAGAAGGAACUUGGAAGCAGUUCCUUCCAGCACUGGCAAAUUGAAGUCAAGAUCCAACUUCACAGUGAUGGAUGCUGCUGCCACACAAACGAAGUUCAGUAAAACCCCUAAUCCGGAUAGCUCAGAUCCAUACGAUUGGAGAUCAAACCCAGCCCCCAGAUUUCGAAGAGUGGAUUCAUCGAGUGAAAAUUCAUCUAUUUUAAGUUGCUCAGACGCAAGUUCUUCCAGCACUGUCAGCACCAAGGACUCUGGCAGUACAGAUGACUUCUCCGAUUACAUAUUCGGGAAAGCAGGAAGUGGCUUUUACAGGCAAUAUGAACAGUCAUCGGGUGGAGUGGCAUCAUCAUCGUCUUAUUCAGACUUUGAUACAGAUUCCAAUGAGGGAAAUGGUGUAUGGAGGAGGUUGCCAUCCCAAGAGAGCAGUUGGGAUGGUGAAAAGGAAGGGAACUCUACAAUUUUGUAUACGGACACUAAUAAGCACCGUAGAAAAUCAACCAGCCAAUUUGAUAAUAGGAGUAGCAGUAGGGAAACCGAGUUCGAGCAUGUUUUAUGGGCAAACCCUUUUGAUGUUAGAGCCGGUGUAUCAUUACGAAGAGUAAAUGGAGAAAGAUCAGCUCAAACAUUUUAUGAGGUUUGAGCUGAGAUGGAACUAGUUUUUAAGGUUAUUACUUCUCUCUACGUUCUCCGGUAUAUAUAUCUGCAGCAUCUGCUCGCCCACUCAAUUAUGUGGCCUGCAUUUGUUAUUAUCCACAAACAAAUUAAAAACAUUACCUCGUUGCUACUGCUUAGUGAACAUAGAAUUUCAAAAAGUUGAAAAUCAACGAGAGCGAAAUGCUUAUAUGUAAAUAGGAAAUUAUGGGAAAAUAAAUGUUAUAGAAAUUAUUUUGUAAUAUUUUUGCUAAACCAUUGAUAAGGUAAGUUUGCAUUAA